UAGGAUUUUGCUGUCUUAAACGUGGAGUCUUCGUUAAUAUGGAAUGAUCAGUCAGUUUCCGUCGUAGUUCGUUUGUGUUUUCUUUCCCAAAACAUUAGUGUGUAUGUCCUACACAGAGGUUUCUUGUUCUGCUCAAAGCAUGGAGUUGGUGAGUCGGAGUGUAGCUGGUACUUCGAGAGUGAACAGUUGAGCUGCGCGUAUCUGAAGCUCAGUCCAAGCAGCAGCAGGGAGAGGACGAGUCUAGCUCACCUCCUUCUUGGUUGGAAUAUGUUUAAAUUGGACAAGUAUUGGUCUCCAAAAUCUUCGGACUCAUGGUGAAGAGAAAGAAGAUAUCGUGCGCUGUCGAAGAGCUGGAAAAUGGGAUGACAGUGGGCAAUGGGGGCAGCUUGGGAAUCGAGGGAGCAAACAAACCAGCUGGAAAGCUCGAAGCCUGCGAGGAUGAGGAGAGCGCAGAGCAGGCGAACGAGCAGACGAGUACAAAGAGAGACGGAGAGGAAACACUUCAUCCAUCAACUACGGGUAGUUCCAAUUCGCCCCAGACUCUUUCCACCUCAUCGCCGAGCCCGUCCGGACCCCAGUCAAACCCUCCAGCUUUCAUCUCGCCCCCUCCCGUACCACACAGUCAGGACCAACAUCAUUUUCUCCGCUCCAGCGUGCGACCUCCGAGCAAGCGGAUCCGGAAAGAUAUCAAUGCCCCGACGGUGAAUGGUCACAGCGGGGCAAGAGCGAAAGGGGGUGAUACAGUCCCUGCUGUGUCUACAUCAGGCCAUGCAGGUUCUGGAGGAGGGUCUGGAGCAGGAGGGACCUCUCGCUCGGCCCCUAGGCAUCAGGCACCGGUGGAGAAAGAUGAGGGGGGAAACCAGAAACGUGCACGCAGACAGUGGGAGUCCUGGAGUACAGAAGACAAGAACAGUUUCUUUGAAGGACUUUAUGAACAUGGGAAGGAUUUUGAGGCCAUUCAGAAUAACAUUGCACUGAAGUAUAAGAAAAAAGGCAAGCCUGCCAGUAUGGUCAAGAACAAAGAGCAGGUCCGCCACUUCUACUACAGGACGUGGCAUAAGAUCUCCAAACACAUUGACUUCAAUAACGCAUAUUCCCGUGUACUGAAGAAAUCUUCACAGGAACUCUAUGGCCUUAUAUGCUAUGCUGAGCUCAGGAAGAAGGUUGGAGGAUUAAUGGAUGACAAGAAUGUGGCCAAACUCAAUGAGCUCAUACAGCAGGGGGCUACCACGGUUCGCUCGAAAGGCAGGAACCUGAGGAUCAAAGCCCCCAUGUGCCGUGCACUGAAGAAGCUUUGUGACCCAGAUGGAGUGAGUGAUGAGGAGGACCAGAAGCCUGUUCGGUUGCCACUGAAGGUCGCUGUGGAGUUGCAGCCGCGUAGUAACCACUCUUGGACUCGAGUUCAGAGUCUAGCCCAUAAUCCUCGGCUCAGGAUGGUAGUCGAGUUGCAUAGGAAGGUAUCCAGCCUUAUUGAGUUCCUGAAACAAAAAUGGGCCAUUCAGGACCAACGAAUUCUUAAGAGCCUGGCAGAGCGGGAGGCUCUUGAGGGUGUAGCACUGCCUGGCCAGUCUGAGGAGCUGUUCCUGUACCCAGCAGAGAGCAGUACAGUCAUCGCUCUGCCAGGGGUGGCCCGUGUUGUGCACUCUAAGGCCUCCUGCACAGUGCACUGGCAAGAGAGCGGGCGGGGCCGUCCGGGGGUGAGGGACCUGCCUGCUGCCCACAUCCUGGGCAUCCAGCCUGUGCGUGGGGCAGGUAAACCUGGCAAGGGAGGCUUGGGGAGUGGGGACUCAAAAAGAACCGAAGGACAAGCCCCUGAGGGAUCGGAUAGCAAUGCCUCCGCUCCUGGGGCAGAGGGCAAUUUAAACCUGGUCCAUAACACUAACACUCCCAUUCCUGUCACUUCGUCUACAACGCCGCCCUCCUGUCUAGGACAGGAGUGUAGCGCAUCUGUGACUGCUGACACAGUAAGGACAUCUCACACCCAAACCUGUGCUAGUGGCAAGGCUAAAGAGACUGUCAAUCAAGGAGAGUCUACCAUGACAGACCAUAGCAAAGAAGAAUCUACACCAGGAAGCGGAGCCAUGACAGAUGGAGCACUGCCGCCGCCUCCUGAGCCCACAGGACGCAUUGAGGAAGCAACCGGAACUGGCCGCUCCCCACAGCAAAUCCGGGAAGAGGGCUGGAGCUCGCAGGGCUCUGAGAACGUGACGUUGGCUGAACUUUACCUCAUGCUGGGCAAGCCUGGGAAGCUACAGUUGGAGUAUGAGUGGCAGCCCAAGCCCCGCCCCUCAGCCCUGCCCAGUUCUCACCGUGUGCUUCGCUGCCUCCUCAGACUUGUAUCGUCUGAGGUGAACCCCAAACCUGCUUUGGAUGUGUGCUCAGUGGGGACGUCCCCUCUAAAGCCAGGCCAGGAAGAACAGUCUCUGACGCCACCGGGCAAAGUGCAGCCUGUGGUGACCAGGAGCCCCAGCUGCGGUCGGCAGCAGCACACUGCACGCUCCAAGUUCCUGCCUAAUGUCACUGGCGCAGGUGCACGGAAUAUGCCGCGGCCACUGCUGGUUGCUGGGGGUGAUGGUGACGGGGCCGUGUUUGCCGUUCCAACGACCCUGCCCCCCAACAGUUCCCGCCACUUACGGAUGUUCUCUCCCAAUAAGGAGGCAGAACUAGCCUUCCGCCAGCAGUUGGAUUCCAUCAGUUCGGAUAUUUUCCUACUAAAGCAGAGGAAGGGCAGGAGUCGUCCCCUUAGGAAACCUCUUGUGGUGCAGCGAACGCUAUUGCCCCGAACAACAGGAGACAGUUCCCAGCAUGUGUGCUCCUUCUCCAUUCUCUCCAACUCUUCAGCUACCGGCACUGGUUCAUUUCGGCCCAUUCAGACCCGACUACAGUCAACACGGCCCACUCCUCUCAAACCCUCGCCCACUACAGUGACUCCUUCCUCUAAUCAGCUCUCCAGUGCAAUUGACCUGGCAGCGAAGUCUGCCGGCAUUAUCCCAGGCAGCCCCUGUCAGGAGGUGGAGUCCCCUGCUCUAGGGCCCAGUCUCCUGGAGCCUGAAGCCACAGCGCCACCAGUGUCUACUGCACCUGAGCCUGAACUGCUCCAGCAGGAGUCAGAGGAGGGUUCCUUGCAGAAUGGUGUUGCUCCACCAUCUCCAGGGGGUGGAGAUUCCCUUUUUGCCCCUCCCAGUGUUGCUUCCCUAUUGGACAUAUCUCUACCUGGCCCCCCAGAUGAAUCCCUCCCGCCUGGAGAGUCAAACACUCACAUCAGUGACUCUAUUAUUGAACUCGCCAUCAAUUCCGCACACUAUGGUGAUGGUUCGUCUCUUUCUCCUCCAAAACUCAAUGGCAGUGACAGAUCUAAGCUCCUCCCUUCGCCCAGUGACAGCCCUGCCCAUAGCUGGAUGCCAUCUCCAACACACGACCCUCAGUGGUAUCACAACGACUCAAGCGACUCCACUCUUGGUUGCCUGCUCUCGAGUCUGGUGUCCCCUGAUAAGACUCGUCGCGUUGGCAUGACGCCGGCAGGUCCCUCCAGUGGUACAGCUUUACUGGGUCCCAGCCUGCUCGACAGCAACUCCCAUGAUUCCUUUCAGGCUCGUGGCCUGCCUGAUGUAGUUGAGGUGGAUACUCAGCUUGCCUGCAUGAUGAGUGAAAGCAGCGUUGACCUUAUAGACCGCUUCAACGACCUCGCCAAAGAGCUGUCUGUCUCAGAACCGAGCCUCCCUCCUCCAGGGGUCUGAGGUGAAGGGUCAGGGUGAGGAGUUCUUCCCCUGCUCCACAUUCAGGGCAUUAGAUGCUGAUUUUACAGAACUCCUUGGUGUCAGACUUGACCCUGAAACACAAACGUGGGAUAUUAGAAUUACAGUUCCUUUGAGUGUGGGUGUGAGAGUGAGAGUGGUUCAGCUUGAUGGAAGUGCAAUAAAGACUGCCCUGAUCCUAAAGAGCCACCAGGAUCAAGUGUGUGUGCGCGUGUCUCUACCUGUCAUUAUGUGGCUGUUGUCUUGUGAGCCACGCCCAGGACACUUUCUAAAAAGAUUAGUUUACAAACCAACCUCAUGUACAGAAAAGUUCCGCCAUACCUGAACAAAUAUCGCCUCCUGUAAAUCUAUUUCCUACCUGUUAUGUCUGUCUCACUGUUUGUGCAUGCGUGUGUGUGUAAAUAGCCACGGAUGCUGUUUUGCGUCUCUUGGUGUUUUGUUUUAUUUUUAAUGGAUACUAAAGAUCUGUCUUUAACUAUCUUACACAGAAUUCUAAAAAAAAGAAAGAAAAAAAGCCAUAUUUGUGUGCAGGUGUGUAUUUAUCUCUUUGUUAGUACCGAGUGUCCCCCGGAUUAUAGGAAAACAUCAGUAUUUUGACAUUGAGGACAUUUAGGUGGUCACCCUGAAGCUUUUUUUUUUUUUUUUUUUUUUUUUUUUUUUUCUACAAGAUGUUGCAGCUUUUAUUUGGAAAGAGCCUAAAGAUUACAUUUUGGUUACUGAGGUUAAUGUUAGGUUUAGGUAUAGGAAUAGGGUUAUUUAGCUGCAGUAGGAGAAGACAAUGGAAAUCGAACCCCACAAAGUUAUUUAACACUGGUCUAAUUGACGUGAAUGAAGUGGAUCUUGAUUAACUUAAGCCAGUUAGAUUUAUUUAUUAAUUUUUUUAAUUUGAAAGUUUUCCAGCAUUAAAAACAGCCAAGUGAAAAUACAUUCCAGUCAUCUUAAUUUUAGACAGAAAAUACAUAUUAAUAUACUACCAUAAUAUGCCCUCUAGUAAUAAAAUCAUCGAAAACACUACAAACACUAAGUUUUAUUCUAUGUAUUUUGAAGCCAGUAAUUGGUUGGUUGAAAUGUUAUCCCGUGUUGAUGCUUCUGUUUGCCUCUGAUGUAAUGAAUGAAUGUUUCUGAUGUAAAUAGACUGUAACAGAUUACAGUAUUCACUGCGCUUUUUAAAAUAACAUACUGUAAAUUAUUUGGAUUAUUUAUUAAUUUACAUGUUGCAACGUGUUCUUUUUUUUAUAACUUACAAGGCGUCUAAGCUUCUUUCUGCUGUUUUGAAGAUAUCUGCAUUUGUAAAGGGGUUUUAUCCCACCCUGUAAAAAUAGAGUUCCAGAAACAAA